GAGAUUUCUGUUGGUUUAAAGCGAAAUUCCAGCUGCUGAAGCUCCGUGACUUGCAGCAUUUUCCGGGCCCCGAUCCAAAGCAGCAGGGGGCUUGAGAAGCAAGGUUGUAUCUGACUGUCGUGUUGACUGCAACCUGUGAAAGGGUGUUUUUCUCCUCCUACAAACCUGGAUACUUUUUGCCGUUCUCAUGAUAAAUGAUGAGACAAGCUACCAUGGAUUUCAGCACCUCUUCUGUGUUUGAUCAGCAAAAAGGUGACUCAUGUGAGGAAGUUGACCUGACCAUGGUUUAUCAGGCAGCAUCUAAUGGAGAUGUCAAUGCUUUGACUGCAGUGAUUCGAGAGGACCCUUCCAUCCUAGAAUGCUGUGACAACGAAGGAUGCACGCCCUUGAUGCACGCGGUUUCUGGACGUCAAGUGGACACAGUGAAGCUGCUGCUGAAGAUGGGGGCCAACAUUAACAUGCAGGACGCUUAUGGCCGCACGAGUUUAUGCCUGGCGACCUACCUGGGUUGGCUUGAAGGCUGUGUGAGUCUGCUCAGAAAUGGUGCCAAGCACAAUAUCCCGGAUAAAAAUGGCCGCCUUCCACUUCAUGCUGCCACUGCCGAGCCUGAUGUGAGGCUCCUGACCGUCCUGCUGCAGCAGUCCAACCUCAGUGAAAUUAAUCACCAGGACAAUGAGGGAAUGACACCACUCCACUGGGCGGCUUUCCACAACCAGCCUCAGCACACCCAAAUGCUGUUGAAGAAGGGAGCAGACCCUACCCUUGUGGAUAAGGACUUCAAAACAGCUCUCCACUGGGCAGUCCAGAGUGGAAAUAGAAUCUUAUGUUCCAUCAUUCUGAGCCACCAUCAGGGGCCGUCUAUCAUCAACUACGAUGACGAGAGUGGGAAGACGUGCGCACACAUUGCCGCAGCCGCGGGGUUCAGCAACAUCAUUAGUGAACUGGCAAGAGUCCCUGAGUGUAACCUGCAGGCUCUGGAUGUGGACGACAGGACCCCCCUGCACUGGGCUGCGGCUGCAGGGAAGGCAGAAUGUGUGCAGUCACUGCUGGCGCUGGGUAUGGACAGCAACCUGAGGGACAUCAACGAGAGCACGCCUCUGGCCUAUGCCCUAUACUGUGGUCACACAGCCUGCGUCAAACUCCUCUCCGAAGAGAGCAGAGCAGAGCCUGCUCAACCCCUUCCUCCCCAAAACGGUCGACCCCAGAAGAAGGAAGGACGGUUCAGUGUGCUCAACCAAAUCUUCUGCAAAAACAAGAAAGAAGAGCAGAAAGCCCAACAGAAGGAUCACAGCAAGGACAGACCCAGUGCGGAGGACACCCCGGAAGCCGAUGACAUCACCACCACCUUUGACAGCAUCAUGGAUACCAACUGCCAAGAACAGCCUGGUGACCAGGUGGCUAUGGUUGACCUUAAGAAGAGGACCUCAGAGAAUUCAAAAUAUCUCGUGCCAGAAAAGAAACUUCUGGCCCGUAAGGGCCUUCCGCCCAUCAGAACGCAGAGUCUCCCACCCAUCACCCUGGGCAAUAAUUUCCUGACAGCUUCCCAUGGGGCCACUUCCCAAGCUGCCCUCAGCCCGGGCUCUCAGAAUACUGCCCAGAGAUCUCAGAAAAGUAGAAGUGAGCAAGAUUUAUUACAUAACAGGACUGGCUGCCAGAUGUUGCUAGAUACCCCCUGGAAGGGUGAUUCUAAUCAGGUAUUCUCCUACAAAGCUUGGACCGUGUCUUCUUCUGAGAAGCUGCUAGACAGGCUCCUCGCUGGCCGCCCAGGCCACCAGGAGCUCACUGGGCCACCACAUCUUCCUCAUCUACACAACCCUCCACCUGGACAAAAUCUUCAGCAUCUCUCCCCUAACAGACUAAAAAUCAGGGAUCUUCCUUUCACUCGGAACAACCUUGCUCCGCUCCCAGACCAAAAAUUUCUAUCUGGAGAACCUCUACGAACAAACCGAGUGCUUCCUGCGAUCCCCAGUCAACGGGGACACAGCACACCCACGGGGGCUAGUCUGCACUCUUCCAGUCCCACCAAUAAUGCAGAUUAACUGUGUGCUGCUAACUGCAGAAAUACAGAUGUGUCAUAUAUGUUCAGUUCUCAGAGGGCAAGACUACUCUGGUUUGUAAGAGCAAAGACUAAUUUAGAAAGCUGUAUCCUAUAAGCCAUUCACAAUUUUAUACUUCAAAGUUCCUUAUUCCAAAUAAAGAUACUUCCUCAUAA